AGAGGCAGAGACACACAGAGAGAAAAAAGAGACAGGAAGAGAGACAGGGCGAGAAAGCAUGUACUCCCUUCUCUAAGCUGAGAGAGACAGAGAGACAGAAAGAGAGACAGAGACAGAGAGAGAGAGAGACAGAGAGCAUGUGCUGCCUUCUGUGAGCUGUGAGCAGGUUGAGGAUGCCAGUGAUUCCAUAGUUAACUUGAGGAGCGAUGAUGAACUAGAGAGCAGGGUGAUGCCUUCUCCACGUGCCUCUCCCACCAGCACAGGCACCACCCUGGGUGUGGGCACCACCACCAGCACCACCAACAACAGCCUCUGCCUGUGGAACUGCAGCUCCUCCUGGGUGUGGAAUGGGACGCCGGUGCCCGUCGUGGGGGAGGGGGAGGUUUACCCGCUGGAGCCCGCCCUGGCCCUCAUCUCGGUGGUCUCCCUGAUGAUCGUGGCCAUCAUCUUCGGCAACGUGCUGGUGGUCAUCGCCGUGUUCACCAGCCGAGGGCUGAGGGCCCCCCAAAACCUCUUCCUGGUGUCUCUGGCCUCGGCGGACAUCCUGGUGGCCACGUUGGUCAUGCCCUUCUCCCUGGCCAACGAGCUGAUGGGCUACUGGUACUUUGGGCCAGUGUGGUGUGAGAUCUACCUGGCCCUGGAUGUGCUUUUCUGCACCUCGUCCAUCGUGCACCUGUGCGCCAUCAGCCUGGACCGGUACUGGUCCAUCACCCAGGCCGUGCAGUACAACCUCAAGAGGACUCCGCGGCGGAUCAAGUGCAUCAUCGUGGUGGUGUGGGUGAUCGCCGCUGUCAUCUCCUUCCCCCCCCUGGUGCCCAUCGGCAAAGAGACGGGACAGGAGCAGAGCCCCAACUGCCGGAUCAACGAGGAGGUUUGGUACGUCAUCUCCUCCUGCAUCGGCUCCUUCUUCGCCCCCUGCAUCAUCAUGAUCCUCGUCUACGUCAGGAUCUACCAGAUCGCCAAGGUCCGCACCAGGCACCCGCCGGGGGGCAAGAGGUGCCAGGAGGAUGGGAGAACGGGCGUCCCUGCCGGGGUUGGGGCCGCUGCCGCCGCGGGGGGAGGGGGCAAGCAGAACGGUUUCGCCGACAAGGAGAUGACCGCCAGCAAGCCAGCGGCCAACGGCUCCAACAACGGCACCGAGCUCGGCCGCCCCGGGCCCCCGGCGAGGGGGCGGCGGGGUCGGGAGGAGGAGGAGGAGGAGGACGAGGAGGACGGGUUCAAGAUGGACGAGUCCACCUCCUCAGACCACCAGGACGCCAAGAGCCCCCCUGACCCGGCCAACGCCUCCCCCGCCGGGCUCGGGGGUCAGGCCGAACCCGGCCAGCCGGGGGACAAGGGGGCCAGCGGGCUGGACAGGACAGGGGCGGGGGUGGGGGGCGCCGGCGGGGGCGCUGGCGGGGGCGGGGGGCCGGGGGCGGGGGUGGGCAGCCCCAAGGGGGGCCGUUGGCGAGGCCGACAGAACCGGGAGAAACGGUUCACGUUCGUGCUGUCGGUGGUGAUCGGGGUGUUCAUCGUGUGCUGGUUCCCUUUCUUCUUCACCUACUCGCUCACGGCCAUCUGCAAGCAGUCCUGCCCCGUGCCCAAGAGGCUCUUCAAGUUCUUCUUCUGGUUCGGCUACUGCAACAGCUCCCUCAACCCCGUCAUCUACACCAUCUUCAACCAGGACUUCCGGAGAGCCUUCCAGAAGAUUCUCUGCCGGGGGAGGAGGAGACAGAGGGUUUAAGAGAACUAAAUCGGACUGUUUCUUUUGCUCUUUCCUUCCCCGACCUCCCACCACCUCCCCGCUUCGCGCGCGCCCGGGCACACACACCAUUCAGACACACGCAACAUACACACACUGCACAUACCUACACACGCACACACACACGCGCAUACACGCAUACACACAAAGGAAACUUCUGUACAGCCCGUUUCUCUCGGUUCGACCAUGUCCCGGUGUAAUUUUUUUGCAUGCACUGUUAAAAAUAUGAUAAUAAUAAUAAUAACAAUAAAUAAAUAAUUAAAAAUGUUUUCUAAAAAGUAAUCGUGUUUAGCUGACGCAGCUUAAGGGAAAGGGUUGAAUUCAAGAAUUAACACACACACACACUAAAGCCCGUGUUAUUAUAUAAUAAUAA